AGCCAUGCAGCAUUGAUUUUUUUCUCCUCACCGCAAAACCAAAACGCACAUGACCAUCUCAUCCUUUCUGGUUUGUCAGUUUUGUUGCCUGAAAUGUAAGACGUGCUGCGGUGUUGAUUUUCUACCUCCGACUCAGAGCUGAAGGACGUUCAUAGUGAUCUAGCAGCAGUCGAGGUCAGAGUUCAGCUUUUCAGAAAUAUAACUGCUGGAGUUUCAGCAUCAGUGGCUGGAGGCUUGACAGACUGAGAACUGGAAUCUUUGGGACGAUCAAAACACAAGGACAUCUCUUUCUUCACGUUAAAUCGUCUCUGAACCAGCUGGAAUCUGCCUCGAGCAUAAAUGAAUGUUUUUCUGAAUGAGAACUUGUUUCUGGCUCUGAACAUCGAGGACAUUUCUUUGCUGUUAGAGUGACACGUUUAGCUAAAUGGGACUGAACGACAGCAGCCCGGGCGCCAUGCGGAAUGGCCGUGGCCUCUCGGACCAGUGGGCAGAGUCAGUGGUGGUCCGGCCUCGAACCACCGAGCGCCACAUAACAGUGCACAAGCGGCUUGUGCUGGGUUUCGCCCUGUCCAUCCUCACCCUCAUCAUAGUCACGGCAGUGGCUGUGGUGCUCAGCGUCCGCUUCGAGGAGUGCGGCGGACGGGAUCGUGAUGGACCAACAGGGGAGUCGGGUUCACGAGGCAGUGGAGGAUCAGCAAAGUUAAACGGGAGCAGAGGGGAGAGGACGGGGGAAAGGGGGGAUGAGGAGACGGUCCAGCCAUGGAGGAAUUCGCGGCUUCCAGGUUCGGUGAGACCGCGACAUUAUGACCUGCGGCUCGCCGUCUACAUGGACAACUUUACCUUCUCCGGAGAGGUUAGCAUCGAGCUGGAGUGCAUCAACGCCACCCGAUUCAUCGUGCUGCACACUGACCGACUUGAGGUGGACCGGGUGUCCGUCACAGCAGAGAGUGGCGCCGGUGGCCGUCCUGCCAACAGGCCGGGGGGCGGAGCCAUGCGCAUCCACCGCCACUUCCCCUACCCGGCCAAUCAGAUGUACGUCGUGGUGCUGCACCGUGAGAUGAAGCCAAUGAGAGUUUACCGACUGAACGUGAGCUUCGAUGCCGCCAUCGAGGAUGAGCUGCUGGGCUUCUUCAGGAGCUCGUACACCCUGCAGAGAGAGAGACGUUACCUGGCGGUGACUCAGUUUAGUCCUAUCCACGCUAGGAAGGCCUUCCCCUGCUUCGACGAGCCCAUCUACAAGGCCACGUUCACCCUGACCCUCAGCCACGACCCGCAGUACACCUCGCUGUCCAACAUGCCCGUGGAGAGCAACUCGCUGUCGGAUGAGGACGGCUGGGUGACCAAUCGCUUCGCCCGCACGCCCCGCAUGUCCACGUACUACCUGGCCUGGGCCGUCUGUAACUUCACCUACAGAGAGACGCAGACUGACAGCGGCGUGACGAUUCGUCUGUACGCUCGACCAGAUGCCAUUUCUAGCGGAGCGGGCGACUACGCUCUCCACAUCACCAAGAGGCUUCUGGGAUUUUACCAGGACUACUUCAAAGUCCAGUACUCACUGCCCAAGCUAGACUUGUUGGCGGUGCCCAAACAUCCGUACGCUGCCAUGGAGAACUGGGGGCUGAGUGUCUUUGUGGAGCAGAAGAUCCUGUUGGAUGCCGAGGUGUCGUCGUCAUCCUAUCAGAUGGAGCUGACCAUGGUGGUUGUCCACGAAAUCUGCCACCAGUGGUUUGGUGAUCUGGUGACUCCGGUCUGGUGGGAGGACGUUUGGUUAAAAGAAGGUUUUGCUCAUUUCUUCGAGUAUGUCGGCACCGACUUCCUCUUUCCAAAGUGGAACAUGGAGAAGCAACGCUUCCUGACUGAUGUCCUCCACGAGGUAAUGCUAUUGGAUGGCCUAAGCUCCUCCCACCCGAUCUCCCAGGAAGUGGAGCAGGCGACAGACAUCAACCGAGUCUUCGAUUGGAUCGCCUACAAAAAAGGGGCAGCGUUAAUCCGGAUGCUGGCCAACGUGAUGGGGCAGUCGCUGUUCCAGAAAGGACUCAAUGAUUAUCUGCUGAGUCACAUGUAUGGCAACGCAGCCAGAGACGACCUGUGGAACAAACUGACUCAGGCCAUGCGCUCAGAGGGGCGGGACAUCGACAUCGGAGGGAUGAUGGACAGGUGGACUCUACAAAUGGGCUACCCUGUUGUUACCAUCAGCAAGAACCAAUCAGAGCAGCUCCCUACUCAUUACAUCACUGUCAGCCAGGAGCACUUCCUGUACGGGCAGGAAGUCAGAACCAACAACAGCUUACAGUGGCAGGUGCCGUUGACGGUUGCUGUGGGAAACGCAUCCACGGUUUGUUCAGAGAGCCUCAUCUGGAUCAACAACAAGACAGAAACCCACAGGAUUGGUCAGAUGGACGACAAAACCUGGUUGCUGGGCAACAUCAACCAGACAGGCUACUUCCGUGUGAACUAUGACCUCCAGAACUGGAAACUGCUGAUUCAACAGCUCCACACCAACCCUCAAAUAAUCUCCAUUGGAAACAGGGCAGGACUUAUCGAUGAUGCCUUCAACCUGGCCAGGGCUGGAUACCUCCCACAAGGUGUUCCCUUACAGCUGAUUGGCUAUCUGCCGGAGGAGACCUCCUUCCUGCCGUGGCACGCCGCCAGCCGAGCGCUGUACCAGCUGGACAAACUGCUGGACCGCACAGACGAAUACAGCCUGUUCAGUGAUUAUGUGCUGAAGCAGGUUGCAUCACGGUACCAUCAGAUGGGUUGGCCAACAAACGGCCCCGGCAAUGAGGGCAACAUCCUGCAGGCGUCCUACCAGACUGAGGAGUUACAGAGGGAGCUCAUCAUGUUAGCUUGUAGCUUUGGGAACAAGCAGUGCCACCGUCAGGCCGUCGCUUACAUCUCUGACUGGAUCUCCAGCAACAAGAACAGGAUUCCUCCCAACAUCAGAGACAUAGUUUACUGCACUGGGGUCAGCCUGAUGGACGAGGACGUGUGGGAGUUCAUCUGGAUGAAGUUUCACUCGUCCAACGCCGUUUCAGAGAAGAAGAUCCUUCUGGAGGCUCUGACCUGCUCGGACAACAUCUUCCUCCUCAACAGGUUACUGAACCUGUCUUUGACCUCUGACCUGGUCCCGGAGCAGGAUGUGAUCGACGUCAUCAUCCACGUGGGUAGAAACCCGCAGGGUCGAAACCUCGCCUGGAAGUACUUCAGAGAAAAGUGGGACAUCCUGAACGCGCGUUAUGGUGAAGCGCUGUUUAUGAAUUCAAAGCUCAUCGGCGGAGUCACCGAGUUCCUGAACACUGACAGAGAACUCAAUGAGUUAAAGGAGUUCAUCCAGUCCAGUGGCGUGGGGGCGGGGCCUGCGUUGCCGCGGGCGCUGGAGAUCGUUGAGGGCAACGUGCGCUGGCACCGCCUUCACCGGCGGCAGUUCUAUCAGUGGCUGCGCAAACCUCCGAACCCCGGCCUCGGCUAACGCUGCACGAGCUAUCUGGAGCGAGGCGACGGCAAACUGACUGCUGAGCUAACGCUAACACACUGCUAGCUCACAGAUGCAGUCAGAGAGAAUUGAAAAUAGUUACUGAAUGAGAGAGAAAGACUGACUUGACUGGUUGUUAAGCUGGUUUCUCUACUGGUUUUGCUUUUACAAAAAAUUGUUUUCAAACUUUUUAUUUCAGAUGGAUUAUUUGUGUGGUUAAACUGGUUUCUGCGCUGUGAAAAAGUACAAUUUAUGUGACUAAACCUGCUAGCUAGUUGUCACUGAUUCAGCCAUUGCUAGCUAUAGCAGCUAGCCUCGAAACAAUGCAUUGAAAUUAUGAUAAGAAAAUUCUUGAAUUUGGCAAAAAUUAGAUACUACAGCAGUAGCUAACGGUUGGUACGGUUGCUUAUUGAAUUAAAAACCAAAAACUAUGUUUCCAGGACGUUUUCUGUAAACUACAAAACAACCAACUUUUAAUACUUUUAUCAAUGCGUAAUUAAAACUUUGUGGAACCCUUCUAACAUACGUGAUAUACUGAAAGUUAGAAGUACAAUAUGUGUUGUGAUGUGACCUUACGUUAAAAUGUUAAAUGUUUGGUCAGGUGACACUGGCAUUGAGCUUUCCAAAAUAAAAUACUGAAAUGUAUCGCUUUUAAAGGAACAAGCACAAUCUCUUACAUGAUGAAGAUUCAUAUCUGUAGUUUUCUGUAUUUUGAUUGGCUGGCUAAAGAUGAAUCUCGUGUUUUCAGCCCCCUCCUCCCUUCAGAGCCAAUCCAAAUUCCUCACUAACCCAGAACAGUUUAAAUCGGACCCUCCUCUGUUCGCUACAUUAAACCAGCUGACAGUAAAAGGCAGAUUUCCCAGCAGUCGGCUGCAUGUCGAUCAUUGAACAGAGCUGUAAUUAACACUACAUGUACUUUGUGUCCUCUGAUCACAGCACUCAGAGGACUCAUUCAAACUCAUUAGUUCGCCACAACAUUCAAACCGCUUCAGCUUGAAUUUGAAAAAACAGCAGCUUUGUGUGUUUGUGGGGUUUUUUUAAGGAUCAAAAACUACAGCAGUUUGGAAAAUAUCAGCGGGUUUGGGAGGCUUUGCUGGGGCUUUUGCUUUAGAAAUGUACUUUGAAUAUAAAAGCUCAUUAUAACUUUUUUUCUUUUUUAAAUUUUACUCUAAACCACAGAGAACAGCGAAUAAUUCUCCACUAAAAAGCAGCAACGUUGUGGUCUGGGUUUUUUUUGUGUUUGAACCAGUGGAGCUGGACAACAUUUUAAACAGCGUUAAACAAACUAACGAGGCCAGAAAAAAGUGGUUUUUUUACUCACAUAAAAGGUGGAAACGGAGACUGAGGAUCUGACAUUAUAGAUAUUGUGUAGAAGUUGGAUCGACAAACAAAACACAAAGAUGUGAAAGUACCAGUUUCCAUUUUCCAAUCUCCCACAUGAGAAAUAUAUAUAUAUAUAUAACUCUGUAUUCUGUGCCAUCAAUAAAUUUGAAUGUUUUUACCUGGAAAAAUCUAAUGAUUAUUGAAAUACAACAUAAUAACUCCCUUUGAAGGACAUUUAGGUACAUUUGAUGGUUUACGAGCCAUAAAAAUCGACCAAAUCAAGACAAGAGACAAGAGUUGUUUCUUCUAACUGGUAUUUUAUUCCUAGUAAUCUGUUGUUGAUUCAGAAAAACAACACAAGUCCAUAAAUUACGAAGUGUAGGUCCGGUUCUUCCUCAUUUUUGAAUGUCAGACUUUGCUGUGUUAGAAACUCCUUUAUUCACUCUUUUUAAUUUUAUUUUGUAGUAAACUAAGAUAGCGGAAAACUACCGAACACGGUCACAGCUGACAUGGUUUCAUAUCAAAUUAAUGCAUCUGUUCUUACGGUCAGUGUACUUUGAGGCCAAACGAACUGUUUGCCAACUACCAUUUAUAGGUAAAGGAACAAAGAACGGAAAACAACUCAUUUUAAAUUUGUUUUUUGUUUUGAAUAUAAAAAUGGUAAUAAAAAAAACUACUUACAAAAAUCUGUUGGCCACAAACUACACUGACCCAUCAGCAUAGACAAAGCCUUACAUAAUGGAAUCUGUAGCCAAAACUACAACAAAGUACAUACGUCACACAUUUACAAAUUCAGACACUAGUGGCAGAAAGUAAACAACACUAAACUAAAACAAGGAACGAUUUUUGACACGGCUUAUGUUUAAAUUUUUUGCCCUAAACUCAACCCUAAUUAAAUCUAUCAG